AUGACCGACACAAAAAAUGUCAUCAGCGAUGCAGACUUGGGGGAGAAGGUCGACUUGUCCCAUGAGGAGGUCGUCCAUAUGGCCCAAUUGACGGACGAGGAGAAAGUCGUGGAGAAGCAGCUGCGCAAGCGCAUCGACGCUCUGAUCAUGCCAUUGGCUAUCCUCGUUUACUUGAUGAACUAUAUCGACCGCAACAACUAUGCCGCGGCCAAACUGCAGGGAUUGGAAGAAGAUCUCAACUUGGACGACACAAAAUACCAGACCGGUCUCUCCGUGCUAUUCGUCGGUUACAUUCUCAUGCAAGUGCCAUCAAACAUGCUACUCAACUACAUGGGCCGACCGUCUUGGUACAUUGGCUUCUUUGUCUGCGCCUGGGGACUGGUAUCUGCAUUGACCAGUCAAGUCUCAACCUACGGAGGAAUUGUCGCAUGUCGAUUCAUCCUCGGUCUCGUCGAGGCGCCGUUCUUUUGUGCCAUCCUAUUCUACCUGUCCAAGUGGUACACCAAGCAAGAGCUGGCUCUGCGCAUGAGUAUCUUCUACUCCGGCUCUCUGCUGUCGGGCGCGUUUGGAAACCUCAUUGCAGCGGGUAUUCUCAACGGACUGAAGGGACAGCGUGGUCUCACGGCCUGGCAGUGGCUCUAUAUCAUUGAAGGCUCAAUCACGUGUGCCAUCGGUUUGGCGAUUUGCUUCAUUCUGCCCGAUUUCCCGGAAACAUGGAAACUCCUUUCCCCGGAGAUGCGACAUGUUGCCCAGCGGCGUCUUGCUAUCGAGGCUGGCGAAACCGAUGUGGAUGAAGGCGGUGGUAAGAGUCAACUGAAGGGACUGAAGUUGGCCAUGACCGAUAUCAAAACCUAUGCUUUCGCUAUCGCAUACAUGUGCAUUACUGGAGCGGCGGGAUUCCAGAACUUCUUCCCCUCGCUGGUGAAGAACAGUCUCGACUACAAUGAGACUAUCUCACUUGUCCUCGUGGCACCUCCUUACCUGUUCAUGGUCGUGUAUUCUCUCUGUCAUUCCCUGAUGUCGGACAGGUUGGAGAAGCGAUUCUGGUUCUUCAUCUACCCGAUCCCAGUCACCAUUGUCGGGUUCAUCAUCUACAUGACUACAACCUCGUUCGGUCCAAGAUACUUCUCGUUCUUCCUGAUGGUCUUUGUCUUCGCUCAGAACGGAACUCUAUACUCUUGGCUGGCUAGUUCCAUCCCCCGUCCACCUGCCAAGCGUGCUGUCGCUUUUGCGUUCUUCAACUCCCUCGGCAACAGUGCUUCCAUCUGGACGCCAUAUACGUAUCUGGAGAAGGAGGCGCACAACGGCUAUCACACUGCAAUGGCUGUGUGUAUCGCUCUCCAGGCAAUUGGAGGGCUGAUGGCUGUGUUCCUGUACUUCAAUCUGCGGAUGCUCAACAAGCGCCAGGAGCGUCUUGAGAAUGAGGAAGUGCAGCUCAGCGAGAAGGACAUCCGUCGGUUGCAGGCUACCGCUGAUGUGGAGGGUAUCGACAUUGCUGCGGCUAGACGGUUGCAGAAGGGAUUCCGCUACACUUUGUAG